AUGGCGGGUGAAUAUGAUACAGCAAUAACGGUCUUUUCGCCUGAUGGUCGUCUAUUUCAAGUUGAAUAUGCUCAAGAAGCUGUGAAAAAAGGUUCAACAGCUGUGGGUGUACGUGGCAAAAAUAUUGUGGUAUUAGGUGUUGAGAAAAAAGCUGUUGCCGUUUUACAAGAAGAUCGAACAGUACGAAAAAUUUGUGUACUCGAUGAUCAUGUUGCUAUGGCAUUUGCCGGAUUGACAGCUGAUGCUCGUGUUUUAAUGCAUCGUGCGCGAAUAGAGUGUCAAAGUCAUCGUUUAAAUGUUGAAGAUCCUGUGACAAUUGAAUAUAUCACACGUUAUAUUGCCGAUUUACAACAAAAAUAUACACAAGGACGAGGAAGAAGACCAUUUGGAUUAUCUACAUUAAUUGUCGGGUUUGAUUAUGAUGGAAUACCCAGAUUAUAUUCGACAGAUCCUUCAGGUAAAGAUCAUGUUCGUCUCUAUCUAUCAUUGAAAAGUACUUACCAUGAAUGGAAAGCAAAUGCCAUCGGUCGCCAAGCUAAAACAGUUCGGGAAUAUUUAGAAAAAGCUUACACUGAACAAAUAUAUGAAUCAUCACAUGAAACAAUUAAAUUAUGUUUAAGAGCUCUUCUAGAAGUUGUUCAAUCUGGUUCAAAAAAUGUUGAAAUUGCUGUGAUGUACAGACAUAAACCAUUAAAAACAUUACAAACGGAUGAAGUCGAAAAAUAUAUUGCCGAAAUUGAAAAGGAAAAUGAAUUGGAAGCGGAAAAGAAAAAACAAGCCAGACAACAAAUGGGAGGACAAGCCCAAUCGACAACUACAGCGUAG